AUGUCGGCUCUAUCCCGACCCCUCCCGCCGGGGAUUGCGCCCCCUUUGGCAGCGGACAAUGACUAUAAUCACAGUGGUUUGAUUGUUGUCAUCACCUCUUUGGCUUUGUUCCUAGUUCUGGCGUCUCUGUCGGUCCGCAUAUUUGCCGCUACAAAAAGAUCCUUUGUUCUGAAAGACGAUUAUAUACUACUCAUAGUAGUGAUGUGCGCAUGCGUACAAGUAUCCGUCACGUUGGUCUCUGUCCAGUAUGGAUGGGGGAAACUUUCACAUAUGAUAUUGGAUAGAGACUUUAUGCCAAUGCUGAAGGCUGUGUAUGUGGCAGACCUCUUCUAUGUCCUUGUCCUUGGCCUUUCGAAGAUUUGUACCAUGGUAUUCUACCGAAGCCUUUCGAUACGCCAAACUUUGUGGACGAAUAGUGCUAUUCUUGCUGGUUGCUCAGUAUGGACUGUUCUUGCGAUGGGGAUACUGGGAGCUCGUUGCAGCGAAGAUCCAUGGAAAGAUAUCGAUAGUCGCUGCGCUGGUCUUCUGCCACGUUGGAAGGCGACCUGCGCCCUCGAUAUCACCCUGGAAGCACUUAUUCUCGCCUACCCCACCAAGGUUAUCUACAAGGUCCAAAUCUCCUUCUGGAAGAAAUGCAUUGUCUUCACGGUCCUUAGCUGCCGCAUCAUUCUGAUUCCCCUAUCUGCUGUCCAUCUUCAUUUCAUCCAGCAACAGACCUACUCAUCUACUCCGACCUUAAUCGGAACGUACGCCACAACAGUCGCUGAACUUCAUCUCGGUGUUAGUGUUCUCGUGCUUACCGUGUCAUCUCUGAAGAUGUUCGUAGCAGUCUACGAGGAUGAACAAGGACUUGCAUAUACCGAAGAUAUUUCGAAAUCACAAGGUAUCAGCGAUAAUAGUCACCAGUCGAAGUCAAGGUUGUGGAGAUGGUCUCGGCAAACGAAGGAGCCCAGCAUGUCGUCUACGGGUUAUGAAGACGAUUGUAUCGUCCCUUUGGCCUCAGGAGCCCGAAACAACAUCAAUGCCAUUGUCAAAAGCGUACAAAUUUCGGUUACUCACGAAGCUCGUGAGAAUAUCGAGCUGGGAGAAAGAGGGCCGCCUUCUAGCUCGUGUGGGAAUAAGAACCAUACAAAUGAUGUUUAG